CACUGGGCAACCGCGGCCACUCGUAGUUCUAAAAUAUACCACGUGGCAAUGACGCCGUGCGUCACAUGGGAGUGACGUCACGGGAAAGCAACCGGGAGCUUAGGCUACUCGGCUCAGCAGCAGGGAUUCGGAUGCGAAACAACAGCGAAGCCGCUAUGGGGGAGAACAACUACUUGCCGGUUUUUGCGGUGCUGCUGCUGUAUGCGAGCUGCUGUAGCGCCUUCUAUCUCCCAGGUCUUGCUCCUGUAAGUUUCUGCACUGAAGGGAACAGCACCGACAACUGCAAGUCCAAAAUUGAAUUAUUUGUAAAUCGACUGGAUUCUGUAGAAUCUGUUCUUCCAUAUGAAUAUGAUGCGUUUGACUUUUGUAAGGAUGAGAAAGAAAGGCGACCCACUGAAAAUCUUGGACAAGUUCUUUUUGGAGAGAGAAUUGAGUCAUCACCAUACAAGUUUACAUUUAAUAAGAAUCAGACAUGCAAGACAGUUUGUCACAAAUUCUACCAACCCAAAGUUAAUACUCACCUUCUGGAAUUCAUAAAGAAAGGAAUACAGCUUAACUAUCAGCAUCACUGGAUAAUUGACAAUAUGCCAGUAACGUGGUGUUAUGAUGUAGAGGAAGGACAGAAAUUCUGCAGUCCUGGAUUCCCUAUAGGUUGUGCUGUUGCUCCAGAUGGAAGAGUAAAAGAUGCUUGUAUUAUCAAUUCUGAAUUUAACAAAAAAGACACUUUCUACCUCUUCAAUCAUGUUGAUAUUACCAUCACUUAUCAUAGUGGAAAUGGAGAAAACUGGGAUGGUGCUCGUCUUGUUGCUGCACGUCUUGUUCCAAAAAGCUAUAAACACCCUAGUAGAAAUAAUUUAAACUGCGAGGCUCACCCAAUGGAAAUCCCUCAAGAACUCUCUAGUGAACUGGAAGUAAUCUAUUCAUAUUCAGUAACGUUUCGAGAAAAUAAUACAAUUAAAUGGGCAUCACGUUGGGAUUAUAUUCUCGAAUCUAUGCCACACACUAACAUACAGUGGUUCAGUAUCAUGAAUUCCCUUGUCAUUGUUCUCUUUCUGUCUGGCAUGGUGGCUAUGAUCAUGCUAAGAACCCUGCACAAGGAUAUUGCCAGAUACAACCAAAUUGAUUCUUCUGAGGAUGCCCAGGAGGAAUUUGGCUGGAAACUGGUGCAUGGAGAUAUAUUUAGACCACCCAAAAAGGGAAUGUUACUGUCUGUUUUCCUUGGACAAGGGACCCAGAUUUUCAUUAUGACCUUUAUUACAUUAUUUCUUGCCUGUCUAGGUUUUUUGUCACCUGCUAACAGAGGAGCUCUAAUGACCUGUUCUGUUGUGUUAUGGGUUUUACUGGGAACUCCUGCUGGAUAUGUUUCUGCCAGGUUGUACAAAACAUUUGGUGGGGAGAAAUGGAAAACAAAUGUCUUGAUGACAGCACUGCUAUGUCCUGGGAUUAUAUUUGCUGAUUUCUUUGUCAUGAAUAUAAUUUUGUGGGAGAAAGGCUCAUCAGCAGCAAUUCCUUUUGGCACAUUAGUUGCUAUCUUAGCUAUGUGGUUUGGUAUUUCUGUGCCUUUAACAUUUCUUGGUGCUUACUUCGGAUUCAAAGAAAGACCUAUUGAACACCCGGUUCGUACAAAUCAUAUUCCACGACAAAUUCCAGAGCAAUCAUUUUUUACUAAACCAUUACCUGGGAUCGUCAUGGGUGGAAUCCUUCCAUUUGGUUGCAUUUUUAUUCAGCUGUUCUUCAUUCUCAAUAGUAUUUGGUCUCAUCAAAUGUACUAUAUGUUUGGCUUCCUGUUUCUGGUAUUCAUAAUACUUCUAAUCACUUGCUCAGAGGCUACCGUUUUGCUGUGUUAUUUUCAUCUGUGUGCAGAGGAUUACCAUUGGUGGUGGAGAUCAUUUUUAACAAGUGGCUUUACUGCAGUUUAUCUUUUUAUAUAUGCAGUUCAUUAUUUUUUCUCCAAACUGCAAAUCACAGGAACUGCCAGCACUAUUUUGUACUUCGGGUACACUAUGAUCAUGUUCUUAAUUUUUUUCCUAUUUACAGGAACCAUUGGAUUUUUUGCUUGCUACUGGUUUGUAAAAAAGAUCUACAGUGUGGUAAAAGUGGAUUAAUACAGCUUUCUAUGCAACGGCAGCGUGAUUAUGUUUCCCACACAUUCCUUCAACAUUGCUUUUGUCUGAAGACAUGAGAUAAAUGCAGCUAUUGUUUGAAUGGCACAAAAUAAAGAAUAUUUUAGCUGAGAAAAGCAAUUCAGAUAAUUUUGUUUAGAAUAUAAUGUCAUAUUCCGCAAUUCAAUUUUAUACUGUGUCACUGGUGACAUGUAGAAAGUUUGGAAAUGAUACCAUAAUGGAAAAAAUAAAGCAUUGGGCAGUCUAUAUACAGGUAAUACUGAUGGUCAUCCAAAGCUAUCGUGCCUUUCAGUUGCUAACGUACAUUUUAAGCUCAUUCUUGUUCAAUCAGCACAGAGCAUAUAUGUGUAUUUUUUUUUUUAAUUUUACAGUACUCAGAAUAUAAACAUAAGGGACUUUCUGUACUUAGUUCUCAAUAUGAACUGUGAUACUGCAUUUUGUAGAUUGGAAAGUACAGCAUGCUUCUAUAGAGCAAAAUAUAUGGCAUGAAUAUUAAGAUUUGCCUACUUCUUGGGUUUGCUGGUAGGACUCAAGACUUCCCUAUCAAAUAUAUUGAUCUUUAGACAAUGAUAUAGGAAACAUUGUGUCCCUCGCCAACUAUUUUCCCAUGCCUCAUAGUUGUUUGUUGACUUUUUAUUUUCUAUAGGUACAAAGUGAAUUGUAGAUAUCUGUUUUAGAAAUCCAUAGCAAUGGCUUGCAUAAUGGCCAACUCUGAAAUCCUUUCUGCAUGUAUGGUGCUUUAUGUAAUUGCAACCAAAGAUUUCUCUUUGUUUUUCUUUUUAGUUAGUGGGGUUCAUUUACUACAUUUAACGGAUGUUAAAUUAUCAGGGAAUGCUUUGCAGCACCACAAGAUGUGUUUCCCCAUGGUGGCAAUAGGGUUGAUCUGCAGAAUGCAUUGUGUGCUAUACACCCUAAUGUUUAUUAUGUUUUUCCGUGGAUGACCUACUAAUUCUGACAUCAAUGCAAGAUGAACAGUGCUGACUCUUAGGCAUGGAUAACACAGUUACUGCAAGACAAACCUAGGUAGCAUGUUCAAACUAUACUGUCAUGUUAAGGACCCUAGCAAAGUGUUGAGCACAGCAUUACGUUUUCAGACUCAUUAAUGUAUGUAGAACAUGUUGUAGAGAUUAUUUUGUAAUGUAAAUGUUAGUUAUUUGUUUAAAUUAUGUUAUUUUUAUUGUUUAACAAAACAAGGUUGUGCUAAAUUUUCAAUGCUGUUUGCAAAAUCAUUUUACACUAUACAGCUCCUAAUGUUUUUGUCUAGAAUGUUUAAUUAUUUAAUUUUUCUAUAGGACCUUAAAGCCUGUCAAUCAAAAUAAAAAAUGCUAUCUCAUAUUAUUUUACUGUUGAAUUUUUUAGAGAAAUAAACACAGAGAGUAGAUUA